AAUGGGUACAUACGAAUGUCUGAUCAGCUCUUCAAACCUUGUAAGAGUCGAGUCAAAAAGUUAACUCUAACUUAUUUCUGAUGUGCUACUACCACCUUUGUAUUGUAGUGCACUCCUAUGACCCAUCAAGCAUUAACCUUUUAUCAACCAAGCCUGUCCUUUGUAAUAACCAAUAGGCAUGAUAAAUCCCCAAAAAGCAGCACUAAAGUAUUUAGAUGUCACUGAAAGCAAGCCCUUGAUUAGUGUAUCACUAACAUGUGAAAUGGUGUAUGGCCAUCAAGAACCGUUCAAUGGCAAGGCUAAACUCUUGGUUAGGUGAAGUUCUACUCCAGUGACGUUUGGAUGCCACUGUGUGAUGGUGGGGCGGGUGUGCCUGCUAGGAUGUGCUGGUCUGAGCAUCUCAGCAGGAGGACUCCAUACACGACCUGGUCACUCCUGGAGCCCUGUGUGCAGGGUGACAGUGUCCCGAGGGCUCUGUGAGCGCGGGUCUGGGCUACGGCUGAGAGAGAUGGGGCCCGUACGUGUCCGUAGAUGAGGCAGCCUCGGAGCCCGCCCCGUUCCAGCCUGCGCCGCGGCUGUGCUGUGCCCGGCUGCUCUCGCCGUGGCAUUGGGAUGGCGCAGAGGGGCCAAGGGUUGUGGUCACGGAUGGCCCCGUCACUGCCAUGUGGUGUGCCCGAGGUAGGGACAGGCGCUGUGGCCUGACCGGGGCCGUAUGCAUGUCCCGCCCGCGGUGCUGGUGGGAUCCUCCAUGCCGUGAUGCGCCGUCCCGGGCGCUUUAUCCCGGUAUCUCCCAUUCCGCAGUGCCCAUCCCGAUGUGCUCCGUCCCGGGAGCUCCAUGCCGGAGAACUCCGACCGGGGGAGCUCCAUCCCGAGGAGUUCCAUCCCGGGAACUCCAUGCCGGGGAGCUCCAUGCCGGGGAGCUCCGUCCGGGAGAGCUCCAUGCCGGACAGCUCCGUCCGGGGGAGCUCCAUCUCGGGAGCUCCAUGCCGGGGAGCUCCGUCCGGGAGAGCUCCAUGCCGGACAGCUCCGUCCCAGGGAGCCCCAUGCCGGCUCCCCCAUCCCGUCGUCGCGGCCAUGUGCCCCCCAUCGGUUCCAACGGCGGCCCCGUCCCCCUGCGGCGGCCACGCCCCCUGCCGCAGCCAAUGGGCGAGCGGGACGCGCGCCCCGCCCACACGCGCGCCCCAGCCCCUAUAUUAACGGCCAUUGCGGCGCCCCCCUCAGCGCCGCCUCCCGCCUCCUUCGCCCGGCAUCGCCUCCCGCUCGCGCCGCUCCCGCCAUGACCGAUGCGGCCGUGUCCUUCGCCAAGGAUUUCCUUGCCGGCGGGGUGGCGGCCGCCAUCUCCAAGACCGCCGUCGCCCCCAUCGAGAGGGUCAAGCUGCUGCUGCAGGUGCAGCACGCCAGCAAGCAGAUCUCCGCCGACAAGCAAUACAAGGGCAUCAUCGACUGCGUGGUGCGCAUCCCGCGGGAGCAGGGCAUCCUCUCCUUCUGGCGUGGCAACCUGGCCAAUGUGAUCCGGUACUUCCCCACCCAGGCCCUCAACUUCGCCUUCAAGGAUAAGUACAAGGAGAUCUUCCUGGGCGGCGUGGACAAGCGAACCCAGUUCUGGCGGUACUUCGCCGGUAACCUGGCAUCCGGGGGUGCCGCCGGCGCGACCUCCCUCUGCUUCGUCUACCCCCUUGACUUUGCCCGAACCCGCCUGGCAGCGGAUGUGGGUAAAGCCGGGGCCGACCGGGAGUUUAGUGGGCUCGGUGACUGCCUGGUCAAAAUCUUCCGCUCAGAUGGCAUUAGGGGCCUGUACCAGGGCUUCAGUGUCUCUGUCCAGGGCAUCAUCAUCUACAGAGCCGCCUACUUUGGCAUCUACGACACCGCGAAGGGCAUGCUUCCAGACCCAAAGAACACCCACAUUGUUGUCAGCUGGAUGAUUGCUCAGACCGUCACUGCUGUCGCUGGUUUGGCCUCCUACCCUUUUGAUACAGUUCGUCGUCGCAUGAUGAUGCAGUCUGGCCGUAAAGGAGCUGACAUAAUGUACUCCGGCACUCUUGACUGCUGGCGGAAGAUUGCCCGGGAUGAGGGCCCCAAGGCCUUUUUCAAAGGUGCAUUGUCAAAUGUACUCCGAGGAAUGGGUGGUGCUUUUGUCUUAGUCCUGUAUGAUGAAAUCAAGAAGUAUACAUAAGUUGUUUCCUGUUGUGAACUGGCAUGUUGUUCUAUGUAAUCUAUGACUGUUCAUGGACUUGUUUGAAAACCAUCUAGUUACUAAACAGUGGCAGCUGAUGUUUAUACAGGUUGGCAUGGGGCAGGGGUGACUGCCUGCCCUGUUUUUAUUGAACUAUUCCCUCUGAUGGGACACAUGAUGGUUUCUAUUUCAGUCACUCCAGCUUAAACAGUACAGAGAAAUAAAAAUCUGAAACCAA